AUGUUUACCAUUCCCCUCUGGCUUGCCCUCGGGCGAGUCAUCGUCGCUCUCGAGGUUACCCCUGGCUCGCAUUGCGCCGCUUUCUGCGUGGACUCGCCAGAAGGAAACCCCUUCAAGGCUUCAGACUCGACGACCACACCAAAAGACGUCAGCUGCAAAGACAUCGACUACUCUACUACCGACGCCGGCAUCAAGUUCAGGAAGUGCCUAGAGUGCUUGGGCACCAGCACCAAAUUCGACAAGGGCGAGUCCGACCUAAAGUGGUACAUAUACAACCUUCGAUACACCCUCACUACCUGUCUGUACUCUGAGCCCGAGGCGCCACCCAACGGCACCGCGGGUUCCGCAUGCAACAUCGACCAGGCGUGCAAACCGCUGAAGGCUCCCUUGACGGACGGUGGAGUGAAGCCAGUGCCUCAGGAGUACCUGGGGUUUUGCACCGCCCACGACGGAGCUUUCAUGGGCUCGAAUCUCUCUCCCUGCAUCAGCUGCCUCCAAGCCACGACUGGGGAGGCAUAUCUCUCCAACUUCAUGACGGCACUCGAAGCUGGGUGCAAGCAGGAUCCCGCAGAAGGCAGCAUCCUCGGCAUCAGCGGCAGUGUCUUCUCAACCACCGCCAUAAACAUCACCGACCCCACCGCCAAGAGUAAGGACGACGGUGGCAACGGCUUGUCCCCGAGUGCCAUCGCCGGCAUCGUCGUUGGCGUGGUUCUCGUGUUCCUCGCGGCGGCCGCGUUGUUCACGGUCCAUUGGCGCCGGGAGAGAACUCUUGACGACUGGGACCGCAGAUACUACGGGAGCAGCUCUGCUUCUCCAGCGACCUACAGAUCGCGAAGUGGCGGUCUCCUUAUGUCCAACGCCCAGCGACGGUACUUCACCGGGAAUGCGUUCGGCGACAAGGCUGCGCCGCCGUACACGAACUCGGGAGACUAUUACGAUCAGGUGGAAGCCGAAAUGCAGGCGUCUCGGCUGGCCAACGGCUCCGACCCACGCUUCUACAAACAAGCCUCCUCAAGCGCCCUACCGGCGCACCACGCGUACAGAAGCCCUCUGACUUCGCGAGUCACCAGCGAGACUAGCCAGGCUAGCCAGGCCCGACCCCCAUCGCCUCCAGCGCCCAUCCACAAGCCAGACAGGACUAGUACACCAGACUCGUUUGCUGUGCAGCAGUACCUCAACGCAGCUGAGGACUCAGCCCGGCUGGCAACUAAGUCCCCUCCCCCAGCUCCGCAGCAGGAAACCCGUGUCAGCCGAUCUUCUAUAAUACCUUCGAUCCACCUUCCACCCCUCCCGAAGCUCCGCAUACCCAAGAUGCGCAAGUCUACCACGACGAACAUGCCUGAGACAGUCACUCCGGGUGGGUUCCAUCGCGGCCAUGAGAUGCAAAUAUCACAGCCAGUCCGGCAAGGCGAACAACGGUUCCACGAUAGACCGCUUGGCGGGCCGGUCAUUAUCGCCACAGAUCGCCCAGAUACUGUGCAGCAAGACAUCAUGUACUACGAGGGCGAUUAUCGCGAAGUGCCUCUGCGGAGCGGCAAGAGUACGCUCUAUGGAUAUUAA